AUGGGUAGAGCAAUGGUGGCUAGGCUCGGGCUGGCGCUGCUGCUGCUGGCACUGCUCCUACCCACGCAGAUUUAUUCCAAUGAAACAACUCCUGGAACAACUUCAAGUAACCCCUCCCAGAAUACUUCCAACUUUGGGAUUGCCCCAAAUCCAACUAAUGCCACCACCAAGGCGGCUGGUGGUGCCCUGCAGUCAACAGCCAGUCUCUUCGUGGUCUCACUCUCUCUUCUACAUCUCUACUGUUAA